CUUUGUCGUCAUCAUUUUUUGAAAGUUCAUUAUUUCUUUGCUCGUAAUUAAUUAAAAUCCGUGUUGUAAUGAAUAAAAAUAAUAACGUGAAAUAAUAAUUAUGUUCCCGUUAAACCUAACCACACUUUUAACCUAUUACGAAAUAAUUUUUCAUUGUUACCGAAUAUAUAUUGUUCAAAAGCGUUAAUUGUUGUAACAACAUUUAUGAGACCGGAGUCUGUUAAUAAUAAUUAGUUGUAUAUAAUUUUAAUAUAAUGAUUUAAUUCAUUAUCAAUUAGAUAAUAACCUAUAAAUAUUAGAGUAUUGUACUCCAAUGUAAUAAUAGAUAAUGGCUAUCUAUUAUGUUCUUGAAAGAAUAAUCAUUUUUCGACGUCAAGUUAAGCUUGAAGAAAAAUAACCUAUUUCAAUUUUUUUUGCAACUUUAAACAAUGAGGAUUCAAGUUCCAGUUUACAAUCACUUUCCUAUCUAUAGAAGCUUUUUAUUGUCUUCUUCAAACUCAUCGAUAUCUAGGUUCAUAGAUGAGUAUGGAACGUCGUGAUAUAAUAUUGACAGCUGUAUUUGGAACAUUUGGAGCAAUAGGGAUCCUCUUUGGUCUAAGUCUGGCUAUUUGGCUGUAUCUUCGAGCAAAAAAGACUAAAGGUCGUGAUCUUGAACAACAUUUAGAUAAUGAAGAAAAUAUUCAGUAUAAUCAGACACAACCGUUUUUAAAAAAGCAUCGAUUUCUUAAUCUCAAAACUCCAUUGAUUAAUACGAAGGCGUUGGGAGCACAGUUGGAAACUACAGGAAAUCCUGGUACGAAGUCACCGGCUCCAGGAAAUAGUAGCUCAGCUGCUAGCACAGCAGUUAGCACUAGUACUGCAACUGGUGCUGUCCCUGGAAUGAGCCCCUCGGUCAGUUGUGGAGCAAGUGGCAAUAAUGAGCCUCGAACGCCAACUGCUAAUGCACAAAAUAAACAACAACAAAAUGCUAAAGGAGGAGAACAUCCUUCAAAAGCAUUUUUACAAAAUAGAUCCAUCUCCCUGGUGGAUAUGUACAUUGAUAACACAGAACCGAGUGAAAACGUUGGACAAAUACAAUUCAGCUUGGAAUAUGAUUAUCAAAAUACCACACUUAUUUUGCGCAUUAUUCAGGGUAAAGAUUUGCCAGCAAAGGAUUUGUCAGGUACAUCUGAUCCAUAUGUAAGAGUGACUUUAUUGCCUGACAAAAAGCACAGACUAGAUACGAAAAUCAAGAGGAGAACGUUGAAUCCUCGAUGGAACGAAACUCUCUACUUUGAAGGUUUCCCUAUUCAAAAAUUACAAAGUCGUGUGCUUCAUCUUCAUGUUUUUGAUUAUGACCGAUUCUCCAGAGAUGACUCUAUUGGAGAAGUGUUUUUACCUCUAUGUCAGGUUGAUCUUUCGGAAAAACCAUCUUUUUGGAAGGCUCUCAAACCACCUGCAAAAGACAAAUGCGGAGAGCUUCUUUGUUCUCUCUGUUAUCAUCCCAGUAAUUCUGUACUGACUAUAACACUACUUAAAGCUCGGAAUCUCAAAGCGAAAGAUAUUAAUGGAAAAUCUGAUCCGUACGUGAAAGUGUGGCUGCAAUUUGGUGAUAAAAGAAUCGAAAAACGAAAGACCCCAAUCUUCAAAUGUACUCUAAACCCAGUAUUCAAUGAAGCAUUUUCAUUUAACGUACCCUGGGAAAAAAUCAGAGAAUGUUCUUUGGAUGUAAUGGUUAUGGAUUUUGAUAAUAUUGGUCGGAAUGAACUCAUUGGACGUAUUCAACUCGCAGGGAAAAAUGGCAGUGGUGCAAGCGAAACUAAACAUUGGCAAGAUAUGAUCACAAAACCACGACAAACAAUUGUGCAAUGGCAUCGUCUUAAACCAGAGUAAAGUAGCAUACUUGAAAAAAAAAGCAGUACUAUGUGACGUAAUAACUACAUUUUUCCAUUUGGAAAUUUCCCUAGUUUAUGUUGUUUACAGAAUCAUUGAUCAUGAUUCUGAAAAGUAUCAAUUUGAUAGUA